AUGUCGCUGCGCCCAAAGUGGUGCCGUCGCGCCUUUGCAGUUCAUAUUUCGGACGCGUGGACUUACAUCAUCUUCUCAGUGUGCAUCGCCCACACGCUGCUGAUCCUGUGCGAACCUAUCACGACCAUCGACAAACCACCGGAGCGGGGCUACAUCUGGCCUGAUGAGACUGGCCUUGCCUCGGCGGCCCAGGCGCUCGACAUUCUCUUUCUCCUCCUUCUGCUGUGCGAUGUCAUCCUAAAGAUGACCUAUAUGGAGCCACGCAAGUGGUGGAAGAAGCGACCAAACCAGCUCUACGCUCUGCUCCUCGGCUGCCUCAUCCUCGACAGCCUCCUCUUUGCCGCUGGCGGAUGGCGUCCUCUGCGGUUCGUGCGACCGACCCUCAUCCUUGUGCGCAGCCGGACGCUGCGCCGCAGUGCUGCGUCCAUUCUAAACAUAUGGAGGGUGCUGCUGUACGCGACGCUCUGCCUCGUCGCGGGCAUGGUUCUCUUCGCUGCGACCGGGUGGCACUUGUUUGGUCCUGUGCCAGGGCAACCUUUGCCGCCGCCACCUCCAUCUGCAGCUGAUUCGAUGCUGCCACUCAGCACCAACGCCUUUUCCGACAUCGCGUGGGGUUUCUCAUCUACGUUUCAGCUACUGACGACGGAGAACUUUCCUGAGGCUGCGCACUACCAGCACGUCCUGGGAAAGCAGGACCUCGGACCCUUUGCCAUCGCCUACUUUAUUGCCUCGUGGUACCUCCUGGCUUUCAUCCUGCUUGCCAUCAUGACGGCGGUGAUCGUCGACUCGUACUGGCUCGUGAUGAGGGGGCAGCUCGCAAAAGAGGGAAGGAAGGAGCGCAAGACGCUGAUGCAUGCCUUUGCACUCCUCGACAAGGAGGGCAAGGGAUACAUUGGGAUGCGCAUCUGGGAGCGCUUCCUCCGCGAGCUGAUGCCCGGAGCCUCAGGCACCGAAGCGCGCGUGCGGUUUGCUCUGAUGGACCUCGAUCAUCGCGGGCAAAUCGACGCCAUAGAGUUCAUGCAGAUCCGGUCACAGCUAGAGAUGCGGCUGCACGAGCAGUCGGGCCCGUCGUUCGCUACCCACUCCGCCAGCCACCCGGCGCUCAAGUCGCUGCUGAGCACCGGUGGCUCGUUGCUUGACGCGUUUGCACGCGUUGACCCCCGCUGGCUUGAGCUCCUCGACAUUUGCUUGUCCACGUGCCAAUUUCUGCUCCUCCUGGCCCGCGACACUGCCACCGCCUCCUUCUGCUUCUUCACCGGCAGCGCAAUCAUCUUUGCCUUUCGCGCGGCGCUGCACGCGCGCACUGCAAGCUUGAGAACUCUGCUGAUGGCGGACUGGUCGCGUUUCACGGACCUGUUGUUUUACUGCGUUGCCCUCGUGCUCUACGCGCUCAUGUUCGCACGCGUCUUGCCGCCCGAGCUUUGGGCCUUCCUCCCCGAGCUAAUCAUUACGCUGAGGCUGCUCUACAUCCUCCCCUUCUUUCAUCGCGCACUGCCACUCCUGCUCCGAAUCAUGCCUAUCAUCUUCUCCCUCACCGUGCUGAUUGUGCUCUGCAUGUCCUUCUUUGCCGUUAUCGGCAUGGAGGCCUUUGCGGCCUGCAGCGUGUCCCAGGAGGCGUGGCUUGACAGUGGCGUGCGAAACGACUCGAACAUCUACUACAACGCGUACAACAAAGAAACGAGGUCGUACUUUGCUGGCUUCCACCUCGCGAUGCUCACCAACGUGCAGAUCCUCAUCACAAAUGAUUGGCACAAAGUGAUGUUUGCGACGGGCGAGGCAGUGUGCGACGAGGCGGGCCGGACGCGCAGCAUUAGCGCCCACAUCUACUUCAUCGUGGUCUAUUACGUGUACCAGAUCAUCCUCUACCCCGUUCUGCUCGCCCUUGCAACCAAUGCCUUCAUGCGCUUCUCCUCCGAGAACGGCAAGGCGGGGAGCGAGGCCUCGAGUAGAGGCUCGGGCGGCUCGGGCCGGUCGUGGUCGGCGGUGGCGAGGGACACCGUCAAGGUGGACCUCAUGCGGCGUGCAGGCAAGGACCGCGGCGCAAGGGCACGGCGCUGGGGACGCCCCCCAGCGCAGCAGCCGGCCCUCGGAGGGAGCGCCGACGCGGCCUCGUGGUCUAGCCGAUGGAGCGCCGAGAGCAGCAGGCCAGCGCGUGGGUCGCGAGUCGUCCCGCUAACUCCGGCGAGUCCAGAGACGACGGCUGCCAUGGACGACGAGGAGUCCGUCAUUGGGGCGCGCCGCUGCAGCUCGGGGGAGCCGUCUCCGCAGAAGCGAUCCGACGCCAACAACACCUGCUACCGCGUUCAGAUGCUGAAGACGAAAAACUACCGAUUGGACGGAUGGCGGCGCGAUCUCAUGCGCGCUGAGCUUGGCGACGUCGAGGAGCAGGAGGCUGACGACCUCGCAAAGUCCGCGCGCAUCGAGAGCGCCAAGAUCAUCGCGAUGCUCCAAGCGAAGCGGUCGGGGUCGGAGGCGCGACCGUUGAUGCACGCGCGCACCCAGGAUCUGAAUCAGUGGGCGCGAACCGCGCGGCGUGCCCUGCGUGGGUCCACCGCCUCCAGACCGACGUCGACGGCGGAGCGACAGGAGGAGCCAGGCACGGAGGCCCAACCUGCGGGCACGCAUCCGGCGCCGGAGGCGGUGCAGAAAACCCCUAGCCGCGUCAAGUUUGCUGCUGAGCCGGAUACGCACGGGGCGGCACCCCCGGCGGGACUGUCGCACCGGCGCGGCUUUACUUUCAAAACUCUCGCCGUGCCUGGCGACGAGGCGGAUGAGGAGGCGCAGGAGGUGAGCGAGCCGUCGGUGGGCGUGGCAAUGCGGCGCGGCUUGCAGAAGGCGCGCUCCGUCGUCCUCUUCAACGAGCUGGCCACGCCAGGCGCGCGCCACGGGGGCGCUGGAUCGGCGCUUUCGGACGGCACCGUGCUCGUGGUCCCCGACUUUACGUACGAGGACGAGGACGGCACGGUGGAGGGCAGAGCCUCCAAGCAUGUGACUGGUGACGCCUACGACUACUACCAGCGCGCUCACAAUCCGAGCAAAGUCUAG